UCACGAGGAGACGCGGGCGCCUCCUCUGUUCCCACUGGAAUCCAAAUUAUGUUUGCUGCCCUUUAAAUGUGAAGUGAUUUAUCACCUUUUACUGAACCGAAGUAGUAUCUGCGAACUAACAAAAACUUUUUCUAACUUCAGUAUUCUUCCCGUUUCCACUUGUAAAUCAGAAAACACUCACUCAGCGGAACCAUGUACUUCUUCUUCUAUUGUCCUCCAUCACACCUCAACUCUCACUUAAUCCAUGCAGCCUAUCAGAGCUGCGCCUGCUGCACCAGGUUGUUUCUUUCAGUCUUUAGUGGAGAAAGCUGCUCUGACUUGAUGGGGACGUUUGGAUCCUUCCUGAAUGUCUGUGGCUCAGUGAUUCAGUCCCUCACAGCUGCCUGUCCAUGUCUAACUAACUUUAUAGCUGCAGUGGGCUCUCCACCCCCCCUCCUCUCAUGUUUGUCCAAUUGCCAGCAGCUGUUACUCAUUUCACAAAAGGCCCGCCCAUCCAGAGCUGAGACUGGCAGUGAGGCUCUCAGCGCUCCGUUAGAGGAAGACGUCUCCGCUGUCAGAGAAAGGUGAUCUGCUGCUGCUGCUGCUGCGUUGAGUGAAGUCGGGAUCGUUUUAAGCCUCGCCUCACACCGGCUGGCCUGAACAGGGAAUCCCUCCUGAACUCGACUGCAUCAAAUUCCGCCUCCUCAUGCCCCCGCAGGCGGAGCGCGGCGCCCGGCGAGCGAGCGCAGCCUGUUGCCUGCAGCAGCCUGCGUCCUGAGAGGGAUGGCCCUGAAGAGGCAGCUGCUGUGGGCCGUGGGGAGCGUCGUCUGCCUCCUGGUCAUUUACAUGCUGUGUUUGAACACACAGUGGCGUCCGUCGUUGUACCUGCUCGAUGUGAAGACCUCGCCGGUGAGGACGGUCAGCACCUCUAAGAAUGCCCUGCUCAGAUGGAGCGACCUCGUGCAGGAUGACCUGACCUCCACCCUUCUUGACCUCGCGGGAGCCAAACAGACUGCAGCUUUAAAGACUCAACCAGUCACCAGCCCACCAAAACCAGCACAAGACCAAAUCAAGAACGACUCGCUGUCCAGGUCUGAAGGUGAAGACAAAGCCAAAAACACCACGAGGGCCCCUCUGUCCAAGACCGCCAGGCCGCCGGGCCCCACAGAACCCGCUUACAUCGGAGACUUUUACAUGAGUGAGAACAUCCCUCCACAAACGAACUGCCCAGAUGGGAUCCGAAGUCGGAUAAAGGAGUCCGAGUUGAGACAGCGAUUCCUGGAGCAUAUUCCCGUCCUGCAGUGGGCCCAACAUGUGACUCAGGAGCAGUACCAGCGUCUGAAACAGUACCCAGGAACGCACGGCUGGGGAGGCAUCGACUACGACACUCUGAUGGACACUCUGACUGUGCUAAACUCCUCUGCCAACUGGAGGAUGUUGGAUGACUGGGAAAGUCGCAAAAAUAAAUCGGAGUGCAGCCGCUGCGCCGUGGUGGGAAACGGAGGCAUCCUGAAGGGCUCGAAGAAAGGGAAGGAGAUCGACGGCCAUCAUUACGUCUUCAGGACUAACGGGGCGGUCAUUAAAGGCUUCGAGGAAGACGUGGGCUCCCGGACCACCCACUACACCUUCUCCACCAACACGCUGAUGAACUCCAUGAGGAGCUACGGCGGCCUCGGGUACAACGGACCGCCCGUGUCCACGGAGACGCGGUACGUUUUCCUGCCCGAUCACGACCGGGAUUACCUGCUGAUGAAGGCGGCGUCCACGCACACGCUGGUGGAGAGCGGACCUGAGCGAGGCAAAGACCCAACAAGAUAUUUUGGAAAGGAUGUAUCGGCAGCAAAGCUGAAGAUGUACCACCCAGAUUUCAUCCGUUACCUCAGAAACAGAUUCCUUCGGUCGAACAUCCUGAGAGGUCGAUAUAGGAGCAUCUACCGUCCGUCGACUGGAGCUGCAAUGCUGCUGGCCGCGCUGCACAGCUGCGACCAGGUGAGCGCCUACGGCUUCAUGACGCCAGACUACAGCAAAUACUCGGACCACUACUAUGACAAAACCUAUCGCAAGGUGGGCUUCUUCGCCAACCAUGACAUGCGUAUGGAGAUGACGGUGUGGCAGCAGCUGCAUAAGGCUGGACUCGUUACUCUUUACAUGCGCAAUGAAACGGACCUCAACUGAUGUCGCACUUCCUGCAACGUGACGCGAGUUUUCCUGUCGAUGAAGAACGGUAAAUUCUUGUUUCUUCAAACAACUGUUUGGGUUGUUCCUGGGAAAGAUGAAGAUUUACUUAAACAUUUCUUUAGAAGGAUUUAUUUCUCUUGGGAGGUUUGAGUUGAGUGUCUGUGGCUCCCCAAAGAAUUUUUUUGUUUCUCAAUUAUCACAAUUAUGUAGAAUCGUAAUUUAAGAAAAGGGUGACAGUAUUUUUAUACGAACAAGACCAAAAGUAUGGAUUUCUGAGCCUUAAAGAAAAUCCACUGGAGUAGCAGAAGUUAGUUCUUUGAAAUUUGCUGCUUGUACAUUACUGACCUCGAGAUUCACCAUCCUGGUAUUGACCAUUCUGGUAAUAAAUGCAUCAGUUCCUAUUUCAUGCUGUCACAAACAUACUUGGUGAAAAUCUGUUUACAGUUUGAAUAUUCUGACUCCACAGAUUGCAAUCUUUGAUUUUUGAGAAGAUUUGAACUUGUAAAGUGGUUCAGCUUUAGCCUUCCUGCCAACUUUCAAUCAUUUCUACCAGGAGCAAAGGCGAUGUGUGUGUGUGUGUGUGAGCGCUUGGUUAUAAUGAUUUCAAAUGGAAAUAAACUGACAUGAUGUUUAUAUUUGAAACAAUAUGCAAAAUCACGUUAACUAACUGCUGUAUUUUGCUCAGCCUUCUUGUUACCCUCCGGAAGUUUUUCUCUCUCUCAUGCAUCCUGAAUGAGCUGCAGCCAAGUCUUGUCAUGUUGUUGAAAAUGAUCUCUAAAACAUGUGAUUUCUCUCACGCCAUUGAAAUACCUCACUGAUGCUGAAAAUGACCAACUUUAAGUCGUCUUCAGAGUUUAUGGUAUCUUUGUUGUUGCCAGGGAACAACAAAGCAAUUCUUGGUUCCCUACAAUAUUCCUGAUUGUAGAAAUAACUAUCCUUGAAUUUCCAGCCCAAAAUUGUAGUCGCAUCACCGACUGACGUCUUUAAUUAUAGUGUCUGUGAGCAUAAAGACAGCCUGAGGUGCUAUUGCGCUUUAUUGCUAACAAUGGCUUCAGGUAGCAUUUCCAUCCCUGCUCCUCAAGGAACACUACUCCACAUGUUUUAGAUGUUUAAUACAUUUGAAUCAGAUGUUCAGCGACAGCCUGUAAACCAGCUUUCCAUUCAAAUCAGGAAUCCUGAAGCAGAAUGAUGUCUAAAACAUGCAGGACUGUCUGCCUUUCUGAUCAGGGUUGGAGAAAAACUAGCAUGGCUAACGUCUGAGCUAACGGGCGCCUCUAAAUCCGUACAAUAUGAAAUUAACUUUGUGGCAUCAUUCUGAAGUUUGAAUCUUGACUUCUGAGCUCUGACCAUCGACACAGUAAUGCUGGCAUGCUAACGUUUGCAAGUACCUCCGAUUGAUCCGUUUUAUUGCAUUAAACUUUUCAGUUCAGCCUCAGGUUUUGUCAGCAGCCACUGAGCCACACUAACCAGUCUGGGAUCCUUUUCUGCAGGAGGUCAUGGUACAAAGUGCUAAAGAUAAACGCAUGAAUGAAGCUGGUGUCUACAUAUGAUGAAAUCUGCAAUCAUAAUUGUUUUGGUGAUAAACGUACCAUUAAAAAGUGAUGCGCAUAGAGGAUCACUUAGAAAACCCAAGAUUAGUUUCCAGGAUGCUAAAACUCUUAGUCAAGUAUAAAAUUUGUUGCACUUCUUCAAGUGAUGAGUAAAUUUCCCUCAAAACUGUAACAUGCUGAGGAGUAGAUGCAGUUCCUUCAAGGCGGUUUGCUUUUUUUUUUUUUUUUAAAUACAAUAGCUUUUUUUUUUCUCUUAGCGCAACAAGGACUGUAAACUUUCACCAAAGAUCUAUCUUGUUAUUCCCUUUUUUAGAGCCAUAAAUCGCAGCAAACAUGUUGCCUGAAGGACUCUAGAACGUCACAAAAUGUGUCUGCCAUAAAGUUUAAGGAUCCAGCUCUGUUUAUCACUUUAACGGCUCUCGUCUGCGGCCAAAGUUUACUCUGUCUCUAUCUCUGUCACUCCUUUUACUGUGGACUGCCUCCAAGUGUAACUUCAAAGCUCGUUUUGAUUAUUGUAUAAAUAUGAAAGGAUUUAUAUAUUUAACUUGUAAUGUUUUGUUUUAACACGUUGCCACUUUGAUUUUAAACACUUUGUGUGCCUUUAAUGAGAAGCAGCAUUUUGGGUUGAGAUAAUUUUAUUUUUAUUUCUUGUGGGGGGGUUUCUACAGAGACAGGAAGCUGUUUAAGUUUGUAUUAUGUUUGGAAGGUGGGGGUAACGGGUUGUUCACACUCCCCUCUGAGCCAUGAUGAGGGUCAAAUGUCAAACCAUCCUGUGUGUUGCCUCAUCCUGAACGACAAACUAAAAGUUGCAUUUUUCCUAUAGUUUUGACACUAUGGGGUUUUUUUUGUUUUGGGUUUUUUUUCCAAGUGGAAGAAACAUUUUGUAUUAUAAGCUUCAUUCAAAUAAAGGGGUUUGAUUCUCUAAACCUGUCUAUUUUUCUAGACUGUAGCUAUGCAAAGGGACUUUUAUGGUACAAUUUCUCUGUAUUUUUCGCCCAAUAAAACUGUAUUAAACCAG